AUGACUGUGGGACAGACGGCAAUAAAUUUACCAUGGGUAGAAAAGUAUCGACCAUCAAAACUAGACGAUUUGGUUUCGCACGAUGAUAUUGUAAAAACUAUUAACCAGUUUAUGAAGGAAAAUCAACUACCUCAUUUAUUGUUCUAUGGCCCUCCAGGCACAGGAAAGACAUCUACAAUACUAGCUUGUGCUAAACAGAUGUACACACCCCAACAAUUCAAUUCAAUGGUUUUAGAAUUAAAUGCUUCUGAUGAUCGAGGUAUUGGUAUAGUUAGAGGGCAAAUAUUAAGCUUUGCUUCAACAAGAACAAUCUUUAAAGCAGGACCCAAACUUAUAAUUCUUGACGAAGCUGAUGCCAUGACCAAUGAUGCUCAAAAUGCUUUGAGAAGAAGUAAGUUGAUGAUAAUGUUAUAUGAAUAUUAG